CUGUGAUGGGCAUCUUAUCAGCCAGCUCCAGACCAGCACAGCUCGUCAUAUCCGAGUUGGAAAUACGUGGGGCUUCCAGUAACGAGGCCUCGCCCAUGGAGCUCUAGCCACAAGCUAAAAGUGUGUGCAUGACAAGGGGUGACAGCAGGAACAUGUCUGAAUGGUACACAGCCCUUCAGCAGGAUCACUCGUCAAUUUCGCCUCAGUUUUUUGUUUUUUUGGUAUAUAUUCUAUAAAUAACUGGGGCAAAGCCAAUGCACGAAUGAGUCAUAUUUCACCCCCCAUAUAUAUUGUGCCCACAGGCCCACCAACAACACAAACUAUAUAGCGAGGCUCCUUGGCUACGGAGAUCCCUAUCUAUCCCCUCCUCUAUGCGCACUGUGUCAUCUGGAGCUAGCAGCUGCUAGCUUGUUAUAGCAAUAAUUCAGAUUUCACCCAUUACACCUUAAUUACGUCUUAGUAGUCAGGCCAACAGAGAGCCGUCGCUUCUCCACACUGCUCAACCCCAGGGCUCAUGUCUGCUGUGUCAGUGAUGAUUGUGGAGCACACGGCAUGGAGAGGAACAUUGGAGACCAGCUCAACAAAGCUUUUGAAGCUUAUCGCCAGGCCUCCAUUGAGAAAGACAAUGCUAAAAAGGAGCUACAGCAAAUGACUGAAUACUAUGAGCGCUACACGCAAGAACUUCAGAAGCAGAUAGAGCACCAGCAGCAGUUAAUCUCGGAUCUCGAAGCUCAGCUGAUAUUAACAAAAAAGCAGCCGUCAGGAGAGAUGAAAUGUGAGCUGGCUCCUAGAAAACAGGAAGAAAAAAUGUUGCUGCCUUGCAACCAUCUGCUCGAUGGAACUGGCGCCUUACGGAAGAUACAGUACCUGAAGGAGAAUAUGGAAACUGCUGUGGUUGUUCCUCCUAAAUUACCAGUAAACAACAAUAUUGACAACCGAGACAUGCUUGAGGCGUUUGAAGCAAUUCAAGGGAAAUUCCAGCAGAUACGGUCAUUAACGAGAAGACAGAAAGAUCAUCUUAAAAGAUUUCACGGGGGAAAUGAUACGUCGUUUGACCAGGGGUUCUCCAUGCCCAUCCAGUGCACGGACGGCACAGCAGAGCAGGCAGAGAGGUCCUUUCCCUCGGGGCUGAGGUCACCGGUAGAGAUCCCACACCCCUCCACGUGUCUGGCCUCCCGCGGCGCCAGCCCCGAGGACAGGGACCUGGUGGAAUCUCUCACCAAGCUCAGCGUCAAGUUCCCGCCCGCGGCAGACAGCGAAUACGAGUUCCUGCACAGCGCCCCCGAGAGGCCCGGGGUUCUAGCCAUGCCCAGGGUACGGCCCCUGGGCUGCGUCCCCGCCGAAGUGAGGGAGGAGACGCCCGGGGAGUUGACCGUGCCUUUUGUGUACCCUCCGUCCCCCUCCCACGCUACAUCCUCCUCCACCUCGCUCUCCCAGGAGAGCGUGCGGGGACCCCAACAGCCUCACUGGAGCCCCGAGCUGUGUGACGCAGCCAACGCCGGGAUGGAGCUGGAGAUGGUGCAGAGCGGCAGCCCCGAUAAGUGUGCUUUCUGCCACGCCGUGGUUCCUCCACAGCAAAUGAACAGCCAUCUCUACUCGCAUUUCUCUCACAAGAGCGAAGCCAGCAACUGACAUUGGGAAGCAGAGACUGGCGGGCCGACGUGCCAGCGCCUGCGAGACUUUACUGUAGUCACGGUUUAUUUAUGCCUUUGUUGCCUGCCAUGGAGUACUGUACAUGCGCUGUACUGGAUUUCAAAUGACACUGCCUUUUGCCAUAAGACUUGAACCCAUUCUCAGUCCAUUUAUUUAAUUUCAGAAAGUUGAAUGGUACACUUUCCUGUCCUUUAUAUUUUUUUAAAUAUUACUCUGAAGUUGUACUCUGAUGGUAGACAUGAGUGUAAUAAAGCAAUCAUUUAAUCUU